GAGGGGGAGCUCUAACUUCUUUGCCUGCCUGUCAGUGUGCUGUCACGGAUUGAAUGUGUACGGCUAGCCGGCUCAUAGCAUCGGCAAUGUUGUCACUAUCAGAAUGAUAUCGCAGCGGGACAGAGGAGAACUUGCUCGGUUUUAUACUGUCACGGAUCCUAAGAAGCACCAGAAAGGCUAUACUGUGUACAAAGUCACCGCAAGGAUAAUCUCCAGGAAGAACCCAGAGGAUGUCCAAGAGAUAACAGUAUGGAAGAGAUACAGUGAUUUCCGGAAGCUUCAUCAAAACCUCUGGCAGCUGCACAAGAAUGUAUGUAGCCAGUCGGAGCUGUUUCCUCCCUUUGCCAGGGCCAAAGUGUUUGGUCGUUUUGAUGACUCAGUAAUUGAGGAAAGAAGACAGUGCUCUGAGGAUCUGCUACAGUUUUCAGCCAAUAUUCCUGCUCUCUAUAGUAGUCAGCACAUCCAAGAUUUUUUCAAGGGAGGUGAGGUCCACGACGGCUCAGAGCUCAUUGGACCAGCUGAGCCGUUUUCUGACUUCCUGGCCGACAGUUUAUCAGACUGCAGCUCUGACGUUCAAAGAGACAUCAGUGGUGCGGAUGAUUUAACGAUCACAUCUGAGUAUGGAGGCCCGUCCAGUGACAGCGACCUGACCUCUCUGGCUGUGGAUACAGACUCUUUGGCUGGAUUAGACGAUGGCAUGGCCUCAGGCCGCACCUCCCCAAACCAGCCACAGGGGGGAGCCACCAACAUUAGCAGCAGCUGCAGUCCACGCUUGUCCUCUCUGCACGAUCAUCACACCCCAUCCCCUGCUUCAGCUCCUGCCUCCUCAGCACCUAACCCUGAGGUCAGCUGGCCAGGCCGAACGCCGAUCUUCUCCGGCAGUCUGAAGAAAGCCAGUGGUGGCAAACCUAAGGACGCGAAGUCGGACUACCUAGAUAGAGCCAGUGAGCUCAUCAGUUUGGCUGUACAGAAAGAGAAGGAGCAGGACUUCCAGGCAGCUUUUUCCUGCUAUCGCAGCGGAGUGGACCUGCUGCUGCAAGGAGUGCAAGGUGAGCCCAGUCCCACACGGCGAGAGGCAGUGAAGAAGAAGACGGCAGAGUAUCUGAUGCGUGCAGAACAAAUAUCCAGUCAGCAUCUGAGAAGCAACAUGGGUCAAGGGUCAACGCAGACAGUGGCUUUGGGGGCGCAGUGCUGCCCGUCCACCAGCAGAGGAGGCCGGCAGAGUCCAUCUGAAGAGCUGAGAGCUUACAGAGUGUUGGGGGUCAUAGAUAAGGUUCUUUUGGUCAUGGACAAGAGAACGCAAGAGACGCUCAUCCUCAAAGGUCUGAGGAAGAGCAGUGAGUGUGGGUUGACUAAGAGGACAAUCAUGCCUCACUCUGUACCCCACAUGGUGCAGCUGAGGAAGUUUGUCGUCUCAGAGGACACAGUUUUCCUUUUGUUGCAGUAUGCUGAAGGUGGGAAGCUUUGGUCUCACAUUGGAAAGUACCUUCGUAAUUCCAGCCCAGAUGAGAGUUUUGACAUCCCUUUCAUCCAGAAGAGCCACACAACGGCCAUACAUUCUCCACAACAUGCCGUACCACAGCUGGAUAUGGGUUCUGUCAGUUCUGGUUCUGGGCCGGUACCUUGUUCCGAUUCAGUCUCAGGACUGCAGAAUGAAGUCAAGAACCUCAUCACGUCUCCUCAGAGAAAUGUUCUCCCUCCCAGGCUUAUUGAACAAAUUGGGGCCCAGUCAGAUUCUGGAGCCACUUCUGAGGAAGAGUGCACCACCAGUUAUUUGACACUUUGCAAUGAGUAUGAACAAGAGAAAGUAGAACCAGAUGCACUGGAAGAGGAGGAAGAGAAGAGUGAACAGGAAAUGCUGUCACUGGAAGUGCCCGUUGGGACAACCACCACUUCCUCACGUAGCCGUUCGCUGCUUAGUAACGACAGUCUCUCCUCACCUGUCAGCUCUCAGGAACUUGGCUUUUUCACAGAGUCGUCCGAUAAAAGUGGCCACACCCUUGAUAAUGAGCAAUAUCAUAAUGAGGGACAGGACCACAAUGAAGUCUUCAGUCCUUUGCCAUCCCCUGCUGUGCCUCUGUCUUUGGAUCAGUCCAAGCACACGCCAAUGGAGUUUUUCCGUAUUGACAGCAAAGACAGCGCAAGCGAGGCGACCUGUCUCGAUUUAGGAGAGCAGCGCACAUCUCACAAGCAGGUCCCCGUUUUUUCUACAUCUGAUCUGGGCUCAGAUGUCACUGAGGACCUUCCAGAGCUGGCUCAGGAGGUCAAGGGCCACAGUUUGGAGCUUUGGGGGCUGGACUGCAGUGAUAAAGGCUCCAAUGAGUCGGUGCCAGUCAUCUCAUUUGAAGAGGCAGUGGUUGAGGAUGAGGGUCACCCACCAGACCUUUUGGUCAACCUGCCUGUAAUGAGCGGGACUGUACACUGUUUUCAGGAGGAAUUGGAGGCUUCAGGAGUGUGUCUGGGCCUUGAGGCCACAGCCUCUCCUCAGAAAUUCAUCCAGCCUGAUGUUUUACAGCUCCAUAGCCAGCCUGAGGAAGGGGAAGAUGAAAUGCUGGAGCAGGAGCUGUCAUCUUUGUGUACAGCCUCUGCAACUUGUGACAACAGUGUUGCGUCUUCAUCUCCCUUCAACUCUGUGUGGGAUGACAGUGGCUUAGUGUUUGGGCAAGAGGCCUCUGACAACAUGUUGGUUCACCCUGCAUGCCAAAAUAAUGACCUUCCCAUUGACCUUCCAGUUACUAACUCACUUAAUGAGAAACUAGAGGCCAGCACAAGAGUAAAUACAGACUUGGUUCUGCACCCCAGUGGCAGCAGCACAGGCUCGAUCCCAUCUGCAAACGGGACUGAGGCCUGUGCAGUCGUUAAGAGUUUAUUAGGUCUUGAUGGCCAAACAUCACAAGAUAUUAGUAAUACAGGUGGCAGCGAAUUUGAUAAAGAAGUAUCACGGCUGUUUGCAGAGCUGGACGAGCUGUCGUUGGCUGCAUCCCAAGCUCGCAUCCCGGAGGAGUUUGUACGAUACUGGGCCGCAGAGAUGGUGACAGCCCUGGAUUCUCUGCACCAAGAGGGCAUCGUCUGUCGAGACCUAAAUCCCAACAACAUCCUGCUCGAUCACCAAGGUCAUGUUCAGCUUACCUACUUCUGUAGCUGGAGUGACGUGGAGGAGUCCUGUGACAAAGAGGCCAUUGUCAAUAUGUACUGUGCACCAGUUAAAGGAACCGCAUCUAAAGGAUUCACAGAAUAAUCAUCAUGGUAGUGUUAUUUCAUAUUUUAAAACUCAGACUGGAUACUAUCUUGAGGAUAAACUAGAAAUAUCUUCUAAAUAUCUAUCUGUCUUCAGUCUUUGUUUUCGACUCUUGGAGUCAAAGUUUUGAGAAACUGGAUCUUGUUGCAGGUUUCUCAUUGUCCUGUAGAGAGUGCUGUUGUGCAACAGUGAGCCAGUAGUGCAAAAACCCCAAUGCGUUGCCCCCAGCGGGUUUGUGGCAGCUCUGGCAUGCGGUUUACAAGCUGCCUAAAACAAACUGCUGCUAGACUACAGAACCGUGUCCCUACUUAGCACUUCUCAGCAUAUAUAUAUGUAUGUCUGUGUGUGUGUGUGUGUUUGAUAGAUGGGUAAGUUUUCCAAUAUAUUGUUGCAUUGCGCACAUGGCUUCACACCUGGGCAGCUGGAUAAAUUAUAUGUGAUGUGUUUACUUACAUCUUUCUUAAAUAUGCAGGAUGCACUCAGAGACGCACACAGUGACCCUCACACUCAUUCACUCUCCCACGCGCUCAUGUUAUCAGUCCGAUUCAUCCUGUCUCUCUCGAGCCCGGAAGGUCACUUCAGAUUUAAAUCCUCCUUGUGACUAGAGCAUACAGUGUGCCACCGUUGUAAUAAAUCUGAAAGCAACAAAUACUCCAUGUAAUAUCCAAAGUGUGCAAUUUACCCUCAGCAGCAGCUUGUUUAAAAGCCUACUAAUGGAAAUAGAAGCACACAGUGACCAGCAGUAGAUGACCUAAAGACACAGGAGUAAAGCUCAGCUCAAGGAGCUUUAGGCAUAGCGUAGCUUAAAAUCUAAGUGCUACACCGAGACAUGUUUGCCACUUAAGUCAUUGUGUAAUUAAUGCAGCAAUUUUCUUGUUAACAGAAGCAGCGCAGCAUUUUUACACUUGCCUAAGAGCAUAGAUGGUUGGUCUCAAAGGCAGCAUGAAACAGUCUUGUGGAUUUUAAAAAUAAAUUUGGCAUUUAAAUGUAAUUUUUAAAGAAGAUGGAUUUUACAAAAUACACACUUCACUUACAGUUAGUUAAUAGUUAGUUUAGCCACUUCUGCAGCAGUUAGUGCAAAAUUAUUAUUCUUCCUGUUAGUUAUUUGUUUAAACUGCUGUUCUGUCUUAUAUGUCAUAUUUUGUCUGAACAGCAAUCAAAAAAAAACUGGGAGGUCUUGGCUUCUUUACUGGACAGAUGAUGGAAAUGAUUAAUUGAUUCUCAAAACUGUAAUUGAUUUACAUGCAUAAGUUAAUCACCCGAUCUUUUCAGUACCAUAUUUAGAUGUAGUUUGGUUUGACUACAAAGUCAGAUAUUAACACAAUUGCUGCGGAAGAUGAGAGGAGCUGAAGCAGGCAAUGAAACUUGGCUUUAUGGUUUACAUCUUCUACAGUAGCUCCUGACAGAAUAAAAAUUUUAACCUUAAGCAAAAGACAUAUUUAAUACCAGUUAAAAGUGUCAAAUGUUUGGUAUAAAAGCCAGGAGUGAACUGACCUCAGACCAUGUGUGAAAAGUCUUGCUGGUUAAAUGACUGUUGAUCCCAUGGGCCUCUGUGGAUGUCAUACGCAAUGGCAGCCAGCAGGGGGUGUGUUAUGCUGUUGUUGAGCGACUUCCACAUUGAUUGACCGUGCUACUCGACCACUGGCAACUGUUUAACUUUUACUUAUGUCUCUCUACCUUCAUUUGUUAAUGCGGUAAAUUUGUGAAUAUUCAUAUUACAAAGCAAUAGCUGUCACCCAUUCUGCUUGUAUGCAGAUCUGGUACAGCACAUCUCUGUUGAUUCUUGUGAAUAAGCACACACACACACACACACACUUAAUGCAGAGGUUAGUGUGUGUGUGUGUGUAUGUGUAUGUCUCUCCUGCCCUUGUUAUGUAUUGCUGUUUAUCCAGACAGGGUCAGCUCUAGCGAUGGCUUCAUUCCUGAUGACAGAUUUAUGACUGUUUGCCAGAAAGCUAGCAGGGGGUCUGCUGUGACCGUGUGUGUGUGUGUGUGUGUGUGUGUGUGUGUGUGUGUGUAAGAAGGAGGGAAACAUGUUUUUAAAAGGCACACGUUCACACCCAAAUAACACGGGAGUGGACUUGGAAAAUACUGUGGCAGGGAUUUAAUCUAUUUAUUCUGCGCUUCUGCUUAUUUACUUUCUCACUGUUUCAUCAUUAUCCAUAAACAUCUGAUGGGUAAUGUUUUGUUUCUCGAUAAGAAAAAAACUGUGAGCUGUUGGGUGACUGACGCAACCUAAUUUGAGCAGAAAUGGAAAUUGUGUAUUGUUCUGUUGAGAGGGAAGCAAAGACAAAACUGAUUGUCUUCAGUGUCUAAGAACAAGGAAAUUCAGUAUUCUUCCCCUCUGAGGUAACAAGUCAGUUACUGAGGACUCCACCAUCGUACUUGCUGUUUGCUUUCACUGUUAUGUUUUGGGUUUUUUUUUUUCUUUUACCUGCUCUGCCACAGGAUGAUCUAAUGGAAGAUAAAGUUUAGUUCCCCUUUUCACACGUAGCUGUCAUCUCAUUGUUUUGAAAAGCUUUUCACAAGUAAAACGUACUUCUGCUUUAUUAUUUGAAUGUAUUUUUUAUCUUUCUUCUCAGUGAAUGACUCAUUGGAUUGUUCUAGGUUUGUUUUUUGAACAUAUAACUUUCUUGUUUUCAUCAACAAUUGGCAUCAUUUCAACAGAGCCUCCUCAGCUCAUAAGACACACACACACACACACUCACUCUCACAAAGUCUUGGAACAUCACCCACACACUGAUCCCUCCUGACUUCCUACCUGCGUACACUUCACUUCCUCUUUCAACAAUGAUCGUCGGUUAAGUUUUUAGGGAAGUCAGCCUAAGAGGAGAAGAGUGAAAGUUCCUUAUAGCCCCCAGGAGAGAGGAGAUGGAGUGCGAUUAAGAUACAAAGGAGGAGGGAACUGCAUGGUUCAGGGGAAAGGGAAGAAGAAGAGGCCACGAGGUGAACACAUCGUAUUGUUGUAUCUGGACUUCUCAGUACCCUUUUGUUAUUCUUAGAGUUCUCGUCAUUUGUUCUUUCGUGUGCUGUUCAAGAAAGAAGGUUAAUGGAGGAAUAGUCAAAUUUUAAAAAUGUACACAUCACACAGGGUAACAGUGGGCUUUGAGUGACCUAUGGCCCGUGGAUGCAGUUAAUUCUCCCUUCCUACCCUCUUUCUCUCUAGCACCCUCUCUCCCUGCCUCGCUCUGACAGAGCGGUAAGUGUAGCCGGCUCCACUGUACUCUCCCUGCAGCUCCUUAGACAUUAAUCCAUUGUGAUGACAUCGACCUUGCUCUGAGACGUGUGCUUGUGUGAGUGUGUGUUGUGUGUGUCCACUUUUUGCCCUCCAGCUCAUAACCACGCAGGUAUCACUAGUCCAUUCAAUGACGAUCUUCUCUCCUUGGCUGUCAAAACAGUAGUCCUGGGGAGCCCUGAAGACUGGUUGCUCAGUUUGCUGCGCGUGUGUUUGUGCGUGCAUGUAUAUGCGUGUAUACGAAAUCGUAUCAUGGCCCUCACUAACCUUAGCUGCAAGAGAGCCACGCAGACCCCUGGAGUUCCCGGCAGCCUCCAGGAGAUGAUGGGUCUUUGUCUCUUAUGCUCC